AGCCUUUUUGUGGCCUGCCACAUAAUUAACGAAGGGAAGACCUUGGUGAACUGGCUCCAACGAUGUACGAUACCAAGAAACAGUUGCGCUUUUGAUCAUGCUUUCUCACUCUUAUACUGUCGCAACCUUCCGUACCAGCUCAAGCCAUUCAUGAGUGUGGCAAUAUAAUUGACAUUGAAUUGUCUCGUUUGCUUCACAAAAGCUCCACCAUUUGAAAACUGACCCACCAUCCAUUGCAUUUCAUCAGUCAGUCAGGACUUAUUUAUAAAACAUGAUCCAUCAGAUGAAACUCGAGAAAGGGGAAGACACGAGAGACGAGGAGAAGAAAAGGAUGAAGGAAAGAGGGGACACUAAGAAUGAUGUGGUUGGAACCUUUUUGAGUGCUCGCGUGGAGACCUUUUUCUCCAACCUUGCUUUUCUCAUGGGAAACAAUGAAUGGGAAGAAGAUGAGGAUGACGACGACUACCAAUGUAGUACCAAUGACUAUACUAGUGGUGGUGGUGGUGACAUAUUGUCGGAUGAUUCGUGGCGCAUGGAACAGAAGAUUGCCGCAUAUAGUCAUAGCCUCGAGGAUCCUUCCUGUCAUACCAGACCUUCCAGCAAUCAUUAUGAUGACUUUAGACAUAUGAGUUCCAUGUUGGAUCAUGAACAAGAGGACGGUGAUACAGAAGAGGAAGAGGAUGAGCCGAGAGAUUCGUUUGUGUCCCUAGUAUUAUGAAGAGCUAUUCUGUAUGUAAACUAUCGCGUGCAGU